AUGGCUUCCUCUACUGAUUUAUCGCGGGAAAGCUCGCAGGAUGGGCUAUCACGGAACCCCAGCCAAGAUAGCUUGCCUACACCAUCUUCCGUAUUGUCCGCUACCGAUUUAACGCCCACGGCCAGCAAGACAGUUCCUCGCCAUCAGCUUACAGCUGAACUUUCUGGGUUAUAUUCCGAGAUUGUCGCUGCGAAGUUGUGGAAGGUAGCUCAAGAAUACCUGAAUAACGGAAACGCUCCAUCUCAUUACCCUGAGUGGACUCCAGAAGAUGGAGAGACUCCAGGACACUACAAUACCAAGGAGGUCAAUUUCUGGACGUGCGGCUUUUUCCCCGGGAGUUUGUACUGCCUUCUAGAAAGAUACAUUAGAUAUCCACUGUAUCUACCUCUACCAAACAUUGACCGCCUAAUGUUCCAUACAGAGUUGCUCACUCUCUGUCGCACUUGGGCCGCUCCUCUUCACCAGAUGGCCAAGAGAACUAACACGCACGAUCUUGGAUUCAUAGUCCAGCCUGCUUUACGGCAAGAUUGGGAGCUAACGGGUAACUACGACAGCCGUGCUUCUAUAAUGACCGCUGCGAGUAACUUGGCAUCUCGAUAUGAUGAUAGAAUGAAGGCAGUCAGGAGCUGGGAUAAAUCUGUUAGCACAAGAUAUAACAUUACAGAUAAGGACACUAAUUUUCUAGUCAUUGUGGACAGCAUGUGCAAUAUGGAUCUUCUAUUCUAUGCUGGGCACCACUCAUCAAACCAGCUUCUAUCAGAUAUUGCCACAAAUCAUGCCCAUUUUGUCAGGCGGAAUCUAAUUCGAAAUGACAACUCUACGUGGCAUGUCGCCAACUUUGAUCCCCGUGAUGGAUCUCUAAAGACGAAACAUACUCAUCAAGGAUACAGCGACGAUUCGACGUGGUCGAGAGGUCAAGCAUGGACCAUAUUAGGCUUCACGCAAACUUACAUCUGGACAAAGGACCAACUAUUCUUAGAUACGGCUAUUCGACUAGCAGAGCACUUCCUUGAGCGUUUGCGCAGCGUAAAACACGCAUACCCUUUUGUUCCCCUCUGGGACUUUGAUGCGCCCGUGGGUGAUAGGCUGCUGCGCGACUCCUCCGCCGGAAUGAUUGCCGCCAAUGGCCUUCUCCUUUUACAUCAAAUCCUGGGAGAGGGAUCAAGCUACUUAAACGAUGCUUUACGCAUUGCAAGGGAGACUAUAGAUAUGUGUCAAGCCACGGAUCCGGCACGACUUGUCGCAGAUGCCGACUCCAAAAUCAAGGCCGAAGGGGUGGCAUUUGACUGCAUCUUAAAACACGCAACAGCGAAUAAUAAUGAAUACGCUCUCGUGAGAUACAGUGACCAUGGUUUGGUGUAUGCUGAUUAUUACUUCCUGGAAUUUGGGAACAAGUUGUUGAGAAUGGGUAUGGUUUAG